CCCAACAAAACCGUAGCGAUGAAGAUUGCUCUUAUCGUAGUAGCUUGUUUGGUGGCCACGGUCGUCAGUGCGCCGACCCAAAUUUCCCUCACGGAUGAUUUCGACGAUUUCGUAGCGUUGCUUCCUUUGGAUGACCUGCUGGAUUUGGCUAUGCGAUACCUUUUGACCGACAAGGAAGUCCAGCAAGCGUUGCUCUACCUUCAAGGAGCGGAGUUUGCAUCGGUUUGGGAUCAAUUCUUCGCUCUAACAGCAGUACGAGAUUUGUUGAACUACCUUGAAGAUGCUGGAGUGCCAGCAUACGACUCGUUGAAUGAAGUCGCUGACUUUUUGGGAUUGACACAUCUGAAACCAGGCGUCCGAAGCUUGCGCACCGGUGGACUGAACGGACUGCUGGAAGAGGCCCUGGCUUUGUUGCCUCAUGACGAACUAGAGGCUCUGUUCGAAGAGAAGCUGAAGACUAGCGCAGAAUUCAAGGCACUGUUUGAGAAGCUUCAGAAAUUUGACCAUAAACAGCUGCGAGACUUGUACGAGAACUCGGCUGAAGUACAAGGAAUGGUCCAAAAGCUGCGGGACCAUGGUGUUGAUGUUGAUCACAUCGUUCAGGUGGUCAAGGAUUUCUUUGAGUUGCUAACAGAUGGCCACUUGAAAUGGUGCGAUAACAUUAUUUAUAAACAGCGGUUAUCGACUUCCGACUACAAGGUGUCUAGCUAUAAAAAGGAUCGUAAGACGCUUCUAAAGUUGUCAGUACAUACAGUCAUACCCAACAGAACAGUAACGAUGAAGAUUGCUCUGAUCGUAGUAGCUUGUUUGGUGGCCACGGUCGUCAGUGCGCCGACCCAAAUUUCCCUCACGGAUGAUUUCGACGAUUUCGUAGCGUUGCUUCCUUUGGAUGACCUGCUGGAUUUGGCUCUGCGAUACCUUUUGACCGACAAGGAAGUCCAGCAAGCGUUGCUCUACCUUCAAGGAGCGGAGUUUGCAUCGGUUUGGGAUCAAUUCUUCGCUCUCACAGCAGUACGAGAUUUGUUGAACUACCUUGAAGAUGCUGGUGUGCCAGCAUACGACUCGUUGAAUGAAGUCGCUGACUUUUUGGGAUUGACACAUCUGAAACCAGGCGUCCGAAGCUUGCGCACCGGUGGACUGAACGGACUGCUGGAAGAGGCCCUGGCUUUGUUGCCUCAUGACGAACUAGAGGCUCUGUUCGAAGAGAAGCUGAAGACUAGCCCAGAAUUCAAGGCACUGUUUGAGAAGCUUCAGAAAUUUGACCAUAAGCAGCUGCGAGACUUGUACGAGAACUCGGCUGAAGUACAAGGAAUGGUCCAAAAGCUGCGGGACCAUGGUGUUGAUGUUGAUCACAUCGUUCAGGUGGUCAAGGAUUUCUUUGUCAUACCCAACAGAACCGUAACGAUGAAGAUUGCUCUGAUCGUAGUAGCUUGUUUGGUGGCCACGGUCGUCAGUGCGCCGACCCAAAUUUCCCUCACGGAUGAUUUCGACGAUUUCGUAGCGUUGCUUCCUUUGGAUGACCUGCUGGAUUUGGCUCUGCGAUACCUUUUGACCGACAAGGAAGUCCAGCAAGCGUUGCUCUACCUUCAAGGAGCGGAGUUUGCAUCGGUUUGGGAUCAAUUCUUCGCUCUCACAGCAGUACGAGAUUUGUUGAACUAUCUGGAAGAUGCUGGUGUGCCAGCAUACGACUCGUUGAAUGAAGUCGCUGACUUUUUGGGAUUGACACAUCUGAAACCAGGCGUCCGAAGCUUGCGCACCGGUGGACUGAACGGACUGCUGGAAGAGGCCCUGGCUUUGUUGCCUCAUGACGAACUAGAGGCUCUGUUCGAAGAGAAGCUGAAGACUAGCCCAGAAUUUAAGGCACUGUUCGAGAAGCUUCAGAAAUUUGACCAUAAGCAGCUGCGAGACUUGUACGAGAACUCGGCUGAAGUACAAGGAAUGGUCCAAAAGCUGCGGGACCAUGGUGUUGAUGUUGAUCACAUCGUUCAGGUGGUCAAGGAUUUCUUUGGUUGGAACUAAACGUUAUG